CCGCUAGGAGGGGGCGGACAUGGUGGCCAAGAUAUUCAAGUUGGCCGCAGUGCCUGCAAGUUUGGUUUUUACCUCAUAUGGCCUUUAUGCUGUUUCAGAUCGGGAGCCUAAAGGAAAUCUCUUGAGCCCUGUUCAGCUAUCCAUUUAUUCCGUUCCUGCUCAAAAAUCCAAAUAUAUUGAAGAACACCCAGGUCGUCUCCAGUCUGGGUUCUCUUCAGUGCGGGAAACCAUUUGGCCUUUUGUGAUAUGGGGCAAGCAUUUUUGUUCAUCUGUCAGAAAUGGAGUGGAAGAUACAGUACAAUUUGGGAAAGAUAGUUACGUCUACCUGAAGAAUCCUCCUCCAGAAUUCCUUGCAAGACUGGGUAUAAUCACUGUGAGCGGUUUAGCUGGUUUGGUUUUGGCAAGAAAAGGAUCCAGACUAAAGAAAAUUGCGUACCCCCUGGGGCUUACAGCAUUAGGUAUUUCCGUUUGUUAUCCAACCCAAGCAGUCAUUUUUGCGAAGUUAACAGGGCGAAAAGUCUAUGCAGUAAGUCAUCGGACAUAUGAUACAUUGAGUUCCUUCUGGAAAGCAAACAUUAACAAAGCUCAAACACAAACUGAAGAUCUUAAGGUACCAGUUUCAGUGACAGAAGGGGACCAUCAUCAAGAGGAAGUUUUGGAAAAGCUGAUACAGGACCAGACUAACAUCACCAAGGAUGAGGACCCAGAACCCCUAAUUGUUGUGGAGACCGAACUUCCUGCUCUGAUAAAUGAAGAAAUACUUGAUGUAAUGCAUUCAAAUGAAGGGGUUCUAGAUAAUCAGGAGAAACCGGCAACUGUCCCUUCAGAUUCAGAAAAUGAUCAGAAGUUUAAACCUGACCCGAGCCUUCUGGAUCAUGGACAAGCAAACCCUGAAGAUGUAGACAUGUACAGCACCAGAAGCUGAAUUAAAUUAAUCGAACCCUUAAGUGCUUUAUUCAGGAAUCCUAACAGAAUGUCUGCAUUGUACUGUCUGUUUGCUUUUGUCAUCCUUUCAAUUUCUACCCUAUAUUUUGUCAUCAUACACGGACACUGUUAACAAAACUGUUUAUAAAAGAAAUUAAAAUUAUUUAUCACA